CAUGGAUAUGUAUAUGGUGGCCUCACUGUGAAGGGUUUCUGGCAGAUGAUCAUUUGCGUUGUUGCCUGUUGUUCAAUUAAAUGUAUUAGGAGGCUUUGAUUGCUUUAAAGCCAUACUAAAAAUGUCAGGGAAGGACAGACUUAACAUCUUUCCAUCUCGAAUGGCAAUGACUUUGAUGAAACAACGCCUAAAGGGAGCACAGAAAGGACAUAGUUUAUUAAAGAAGAAGUCAGAUGCCCUGACAUUAAAAUUCAGAAAAAUAUUAAAGACCAUUAUUGAGACUAAAGUAAUGAUGGGUGACGUAAUGAAGGAAGCAUCUUUUUCGCUAACUGAAGCAUACUUUGCAGCAGGGGAUUUUAGUCUAGUAAUUCUAGAAAAUGUUGACAAGGCUUGGUCCAAAGUCAAAACCAAGAAUGACAAUGUUGCAGGUGUAAAGUUACCUGUUUUUGAGUCUUACACUGAUGGUGCCAAUACUUAUGAACUGACUGGUCUUUCAAGAGGGGGGCAGCAAGUAAACAAUUGCUCAUCUAUGUUCAACAAGGCAGUUCAGUUAUUGGUGGAUUUGGCUUCGCUGCAGACAGCAUUUGUUACACUAGAUGAAGCUAUUAAAAUCACCAACCGAAGAGUAAAUGCUAUCGAGCAUGUCAUCAUCCCAAGGAUUGAGAGGACGAUUGCUUAUAUCACAAGUGAAUUGGAUGAAAUGGAAAGAGAAGAAUUUUAUCGGCUGAAGAAAAUCCAAGAAAAAAAAAAAGCUAAUAAAGCCAUAAAGGAGGAAGAGUUACGAAAAUAUCAGCUGGAGCAUCCAGUUGACAUGGAUACAGAACAAUCGACUAACAUGUUGGACCCUGAGGGAGACGAUGAAGAUUUAUUGUUUAAAUAAAAUCAAUUUUAACACAAAGCAUAUUUACACCUUUAUUAAAGUAGCAAAAAAAUUUUGGUUUUGUUGAUUUUUGUUUGGAACUUUGGAUAAUAAAGUUAAAAAUUGUAAUCACAUCUAAGGGUUUUAAGAUUAUAUGCAUUCAAAGGGUUUGAGAUCUGUACCCAAUGUUUUUCAUGGCAUAUCUCUAGGUAAUCAUCUUUCACUUUGUGUCAGAUUAGUACUUGCAGUAUCUUUUAACAAUAACAAGUGAAACACCCAUGUUUUUUUUAACAUCAGAUAAAUUUUUUUUUAUUAUCUAAUUUCUGUAAAAUUACUAUUCAAUUAAUUUAGUAAAUAUGAAUUUUGAAAAAUAAAAGAGACAAUUAUCUUUUA